AUGGCAGAGGCUGCAAUGGAGUUUGCUAUAGUAACCUUGAGUUCCCUUCUAGUCCAAGAAGUCAAGUUGCUGGGAAACGCAAGACAAGAAGUCGAAAGCAUCAAAAGUAAAUUGGAAAGCAUAAGGUCUUGCCUCAGGGAUGCCGAUGCAAAGGCUGCAGCUAAAGAAGAAGGAAGAAGUAACGAAGGUGUCAAAACAUGGGUAAAACAAUUGAGGGAAGAAGCCUUUCAUAUUGAAGAUGUCCUUGAUGAGUACAUUUUCAAGAAGGCACAACUUCCUCGUGGCAGUGGCUUUCUUGGUGUUCUUUGUAAAAUAAGUCGUUUUGUAAAGAAACUGAAAUUGCGUCAUGAAGUUGCAACUGCUAUCCAAGAUAUCAAAUCAUCACUUGACGGUAUCAAUCAAGGAAGACAAAAUUCCAACAUCAGACAUGAAGGAUCAAGUAGUGGUAUAGGAGGUGUUAUACCACAUGACUCUCGAGUUGGCUCCUUUUUCAUUGAGGACUCAGAGAUUGUGGGCAUUGAAUCUUCUAAACAUAAAUUGAUUGAUUUAUUGGUGAAUGGAAAACCAAAUCUCUCAGUGAUUGUGAUGGUGGGUGAAGGAGGAUUAGGCAAGACCACUCUUGCUAGGAAAAUUUAUGAUAAUGAUGAUGUGAAGAUGCAUUUCAACUGCCAGGCUUGGAUCACAAUUGGGAAAGAAUACGUGAAGAAAGAUCUAUUAAAGACAAUUAAACAAGAACUUUGCCGUCAAACAUGGUGCCCUUCAAGGGAGACAGAGAAUACGAAAGAGAUGAAUGAGGUGAAUCUGAUGACUGCAUUGAGAAAACUCUUGCAAGACAAGUGUUACAUGGUUGUGUUUGAUGACGUGUGGAAAGAUGAUUUCUGGGAAGAUGUUAGGUAUGCUUUGCUUGAUAAUAACAAAGGCAAUAGAGUAAUGCUGACAACACGAUACAUAACUGUUGCUCAUUCAGUUGAAUUUGUGAAUGUCUAUGAGCUUGAACAUUUGCCUUCAGAUAAGGCAUGGGAACUGUAG